AUGCGCUUCACAGCCGCGCUAUGGCUCGCCGCCGCGGCCGUCGCCAAGGCGGCCUACUGGAUGGAGGACGUCCAACACCAGGGCAUCUCGCCGUACCACCCGGACCCGAACUACAAGGUCUUCCGUAACGUCAAGGACUACGGCGCCAAGGGUGACGGUGUCACCGAUGAUACGGCGGCGAUCAACUUGGCCAUCUCAUCCGGCCAGCGAUGCGGACCGGGGAUUUGCAAGGGCGAGACGACGUCGCCUGCUACCGUCUAUUUCCCCCCCGGCACUUACCUCAUCUCCGGCUCCAUCGUCAACUUCUUUUACACUCAGAUCAUCGGCGACCCUACUAAUCGGCCUGUGAUCAAGGCUACUGCCAACUUUGAUGUGACGAACAACUUGGGUCUCAUCGACGGUAACAAGUAUGGCGCGAAUGGCCUUGCUUGGGGUGCUACCAACGUCUUUUUCCGCCAGAUCCGCAACCUGGUCUUCGACACGACCGCCAUCAACGCGUCGUCUGCCGCCCUCGGAAUUCACUGGCCCUCGUCUCAGGCCACUGCCAUUACGAACUGCGCGUUCCACCUGGCUGAGGGCCCAGACAGCAAGCACACCGGCAUCUUCAUUGAGGAGGGAUCAGGUGGUCUACUCAAUGAUCUCGACUUCUACGGAGGCCAGUACGGCGCCAACUUUGGUAACCAGCAAUACACCGCCCGUAACCUCCGCUUCUGGAACUCCCAGAUCGCCAUCAACCAGCUCUGGGACUGGGGCUGGACGUACAAGAGCAUCUAUUUCGAGAACUGCGGCAUCGGCAUCCGGCUUCAGGACAACAGCACGUCGUCCGUCACGCUCAUCGACUCGCACUUCGUCAAUGUCCAGACGGCCAUUCGCACCCCGCGCGAGCCGGGCGUCACCGUCCCCGUCACCGCCGGCACCCUCGUGAUGGAGAACGUCGCCUUCUCCAACGUCGGCACCAUCCUCCAGGGCCCCAAGAACAACACAAUCAUCUACGGCACCAGCAGCUCCGUAGUCAGCCAGGGCUUCGCCAUGGGCCACAUCUACACGCCCACGGGACCCACGGAUUACACCGGCAACGACGUCUCCUACUUCCCCGUGUACCCGAGCCUCCUCGCGAGCACCCCCACGGGGACAAAGUACUACGAGCGCUCCAAGCCGCACUACGAGAACCUCCCCGCGGCGAACUUCAUCUCGGCCCGCAACUUCGGCGCCAAGGGCGACGGCAUGACGGACGACACCGUCGCGCUGAACAACCUCUUCAACUACGUCGCGUCCCACGGCGGCAGCGUCGUCGCCUUCGUGGACGCCGGAACCUACUACGUCUCCGACACGGUCUUCAUCCCCGUCGGCGCGCGCAUCGUCGGCGAGGCCCUCGCGUCAAUCAUCAUGGGCGGCGGGCCAAAGUACCAGGACAUCUCGAACCCGCACCCGGUCGUCAAGGUCGCGCUGCCCGGAGACUGCGGCACCAUCGAGUGGUCCGACAUGAUCGUCUCCACGCGCGGCGCCGCCCCCGGCGCCAAGGUCGUCGAGUAUAACCUCAACACGCUCGGCGAGCCGGCGGGCAUGUGGGAUGUGCACAUCCGCGUCGGCGGUUUCGCCGGCACCCAGCAGCAGCUCGCGCAGUGUCCCACCACGCCCAACGCCACCGUCACCGCCGACACCAUUGACAAGAACUGCAUCGCCGCCUGGAUGAGCAUGCACAUCACCAAGCCCGCGUCUAACCUCUUUAUGGAGAACUGCUGGUUGUGGGUCGCGGACCACGACCUCGAGGACCCGAAUUACAAGCAGGUUACUAUCUACGCUGGAAGAGGCUUGCUGAUUGAGUCUACUGCAGGCAGGAUCUGGUUGUCUGCUUCGGGCGUCGAGCAUCACACGUUGUACCAGUACCAGCUGUACCAGACGAGGGAUAUUUACAUGGGGCAGAUCCAGACGGAGACACCGUACUACCAGCCCAACCCCCCGGCGUUGUACCCGUUCCCCCGCGUGGAGGGUUACCACGACCCGGACUUCGUCGCCGACUGCGCGGGGCACGACCCGAGCGCGCCCCCGUGCGAGAUGGCGUGGGGCCUGCGGGUCAUCGGCAGCCGCAACAUCGCCAUCUUCGGCGCGGGCCUGUACUCCUUCUUCAACAACUACAGCACGGCGUGCUGCCAGAUCGGCGCCGGCGCGCGGUGCCAGCAGCGUAUUUUCGAUAUCCGCGACGGGCCGAACAACUGCACGCGCACGGAGAACCUGGAGACGUACAACCUGCAGAUUGUGGGCACGACGGCCAUGGUUACGAGGUACGGGCAGGACAUUGCGUUUUACAGGGAUAAUAUCGCUGGGUUCACGGCCGGUAUCGCGCUUUACCAGCAUGCUUAG